CCAGGGGCGAUGGCGUGCCCCGGGGCGCUGGACGGGUUUUUCUCCACCCUGCUGCCGGCCGCCCCCCCUUGGCGCCCCGGCCCCGAGCCGGCACUGGCGCUGCUGGCCUGGCUGGCCCUGCUCUUCGUCUGGUACUGCUACCGGGUGGGCAGCGAGCGGGUGCCGGCGGGGCCGCCGCCGGGCGGGGGGCGCCCAGCCCCGAGCCUGCCCCCUGGGGCCGGGCGGCUGCACCGGAGCCUGCGGGCCUAUGCCCAGCGGUACUCGUGGGCGGGCAUGGGGCGGGUGCGCAAGGCCCUGCGGGAGGAGCUGCGACCCGGGCGCCCGGCCAUCCAGAGCCCCCGCGUCUUCCACCUGCCCGAGCUGCCCUCGGCCCCCUGCUUCCCGCGGGAUGCCCAGCGGCACGACGCCGAGCUGCUGGAGCGCGCCUGCCCCGCCAUCCUGCGGGAGUACCAGGGCGUGGCCGGGGGCGCCGCCCGAGGCUGGACGCCCGGUCCCUGCCAGCGCUUCUACCUCUACCGCCGGGGCGUGUGUCAGCCGCAGCACUGCCGGGCCUGCCCCCGCACCUACCGCACCCUGGCCGCCCUGCGCACCUUCGUCAGCGCCAACCGCUUCGGCAACGCCUGCUUCAGCGUCCUGCAGCCAGGCACCAUCCUGCCCGGGCGCUACGGGCCCACCAACGUCCGCCUGCGUUGCCACCUGGGGCUGACGGUGCCCCCAGGCUGUGAGCUGGUGGUGGGGGGCGAGCCCCAGUGCUGGUCCGAGGGACACUGCCUCCUGCUGGACGACUCCUUCCUGCACACGACCGCGCAUAAUGGUCCCCCCGAGGAUGGGCCCCUCGUGCUGUUCAUCGUGGAUCUGUGGCACCCCAACGUGGCCGGGGCCGAGCGCCAGGCCCUGGAUUACAUCUUUGCCCCUGGCCCCUAGGAGCUGGGCCAGCCUGUGGCGCUGGUGGUGGGUCGGUGCCCAGGACGGACUGACCAUGCUGGAGCCAGCCCCACUGAACUUCCUCUGGGGGGCACCGGCUCCCAUCCAGCCCCAGGGCCCCGAAGUCUCCCGCCCUGCUGUGUAUGGCUUCCUUGGCCCUGUGUUGUUUGGACCCGAACUCUCUGCAAAGCCCCCAGCCCUUCAUUAAAACAUUCAACACCUGCGGUGUCAGCACUUA